AUGCGUGUAUCGUAUCUUGUCGCUGGUCUCCUUUCUCUCCUGCCGGCUGCCUUUGCAGACGAGGCUGCUGACAUUCUCGGCGUUGACGCGUAUCACCUACCUAAGGAAUGCCCGAUUCGGUCGCGCAAUGGCGACAAGUUGAGUAUGCACUAUAUUGGUACCCUUCAAAAGGACGGCAAGAAAUUCGAUUCGUCGCGCGACCGUAAUCAGCCGUUUGACUUCACCAUCGGCUCUGGACAGGUUAUUCAAGGCUGGGAGCAGGGUCUCCUUGAUAUGUGUGUUGGUGAAAAGCGAAAGUUGACCAUCCCUGCCAAACUCGGAUACGGUGAACAAGGCUUCCCACCUGUCAUUCCUGGUGGAGCCACUCUCGUAUUUGAUGUAGAACUAUUGGGCAUCAAGGACCGCAAGCCCGGGAAGGAGGAGCUGUGA